CGCCGCAUACGUUUUGGUCACUCGCUCAAUGGGUGCGGCACUGGUGGUCCUUGCACUUCACCUUGCCGUGAACGUGAGCGCGGAGGACGCAUGCGCCGCAGGCGAAGCAUGCAGUUCGAGCUUGAGUUUCGACACGCCUUGCCGUGAUGUUCUCGAGGUCUUGCCCCCUGGCACCCCGAAGCUGUGGAGCCGCACACGGCCAGCAGUGAUCUCCGGCGCGGUGGCGGACGCAGCUUGGGACCUGCGCGCGUUUAGCUUCGAGGCCAUGAAGGUGGACUUUGGCGAGACGUUGCUCAAGGUCUUCAGCCCCGCCCAGGCGGCGUUGCUUGACGGGCAGACCUCGAGGGUGCUGCCGCUGAGGCGAAUCAUCUCAAAGUUGGAUGAUGAGCAGAAGAUCUAUGUCUUUGACAAGGAGUUCUUCCAAAAUGUCUCCGCCAAGGAGCUUGCACCAAUACCAGGUUGGCUGAAGAUGUCAGACGCAGUGGCGUUCCUGACCUUGGGCGGCCCUUUGUCUGGCACGCAAUUCCAUGCACAUGGGACUGCCUUCCUCCUGCUGGUCGCCGGGAAGAAGCGUUGGUAUUUGCACGAGCCGGGCCAGUUUCCAAAUGCUUCUGCACGAGCCUUGCACCUUCCGGUGAGUGCCUUUGAGAAGGAUGUGCUGCCGUCUUUGGAAUCUGCGCCACUCGGGUGCGUGCAGCAUGCUGGUGACGCCAUCCUGGUUCCUGAUGGUUGGGCUCAUGCCACCAUCAAUGUUGAGGAGACACUGGGUGUGGCAUGGCAGCGCACUACAUCUCUGAUCAAAACAUGCGAGCACGGGCAUGACUACUGGUGCCUUGGGCAGUCCUUCGUGUCGGCCGAGAAGCUGAGCCUGAAGAAGCAGCCCCAGCGUUACAAGGAGCUCUUUGCUGAAGCCAACGAGCUCACCGGGGACUUCCCCAUCGGCUUCAUCAGACACCUGGGGCCAUACUGGCAAGUCUCUACCGAGGCGAAGGACAUCUUCAAAGCCGUCCGCUCAAAAGUGCUGCAACUGCUGAAGGCCUCCAAGCGGCACUCGGAUGAGGCGCUGCUGGCGGCUGCGCUGGUGAAGCGCCUGGCAGACGUGCUGAUGGGUACGCGAAAGGAUGCAAAGCGCGCCUCUGACUUGCUUGCAGUGGCCCAGAAGAAAGCUCCUGAAGCAGGACAAGGUCUUGCUCUGGCACGGCUCCUGGGGCAGCAGUUCCGUUGGAAGGAGGCGGCAGAAGCUCUGGCGGUCCAUGCGAGCUACUUCCCAGAGGAUCGGGGAGCCGCGCUGAUGCUGGAGCAGGCCACGAACUUCGCACGGAAGGCCCAGAUGGAGCAAAGUGCGGCCCCUCCGCGCUGAGACAGGAGAAAAGGAGCACAAGAUGGAA